ACAUAUUUGACAGACGUCAAUAGUUUGGCGGCAAAACUUUAGAAAAAUAAAACAUAAAAGUUACUUGUUCUUUUCGUGUUAUAUAUUAAGUUUUUGUUGUCGGUAUUUUUGAAAAUGAAAUGUACAAUACCAGAAAUAUCAUGGCAUAACAGAGAACCAGUCCUUAGUGUAGAUAUUUAUCCAGAAAAUAAGAGUUUUUAUAGGUUAGCAUCCGGCGGUGGCGAUUGUCAUGUUCUUAUAUGGCAACUAAAUAUUACAGAAACAGGAGCCGUAAAUCAAGAAGUUAUAUCAGAUCUCACGAGACAUCAAAGAGCUGUAAACUGCGUCCGAUGGUCACAUUCUGGUCACUAUUUGGCCUCUGGAGAUGAUGAUGCAAAUAUAAUUAUUUGGCAAUUAAAGGUUGAUAAUAUUCCUCUGUUAGAAGGUGACACAGGAGAUAAAGAAAUAUGGAUAGUAUACAAAGUAUUAAGAGGACACAAGGAAGAUGUUUAUGAUCUCAGCUGGUCUAUUGAUGAGUCUAAAUUAAUUUCAGGUAGUGUGGAUAAUACUGCCAUUAUUUGGGAUAUAAAUAAAGGAAAACUAGAUCAUAUAUUGUCCGAUCAUAAAGGUUUUGUGCAAGUAAGUGUUGCAUGGGAUCCAAAAAAUCAAAUUAUAGCUACUCUUAGUACUGAUAGAGUAUGUAGAAUAUUUGAUUCAUUGGGAAAGCAAGUCAAAGCAAGGAUCUGCAAAGGAAAAUUAAAUUUACUUCCAGACAACCAUUCCUUAAAAGACAAAGAAGUUAAAUAUUUUCAUGAUGACACCUUUAAGUCGUUCUUUAGAAGGUUACAGUUCACUCCAGAUGGAUCAUUGUUGAUUGUGCCUUCAGGACAUAUUGAAGUAGAUGACUGUAAAAAAGUUAUAAAUGCUACUCUGAUCUUCAUUUUAAGUGACUUGUCUUCCCCUGUUGCCAUAUUGCCGUUGGGUGGUCAGAGUAGCACUGUAGUAAGAUGCUGUCCAGUUUUAUAUGAGUUGCACGAAGAAGCUGCCGACCCAUACACCAAAUUACCAUAUCGCAUGAUUUUUGCUGUUGGCACCGACCACGACAUAUUCCUAUAUGAUACUCAACAAAGCAUACCCUUUGCUAGGUUCCAAGAUAUACACUACACGAGAUUAACAGAUCUGACAUGGUCCCAAGACGGCUUGUUACUAAUAGCAUCAUCCACGGAUGGGUUUUGUACCUUAAUUACAUUCGAAGCAGAUGAAUUAGGGUUGCCUUGGACUAAACCAGAAAGCGACGUGGAAGACAGCGUUUUAAACAUAAGUGGAUGCGAAGAACUUAUCGACAACGAUGAAAAUGUUGAUGUGAAGGUUAAGCCAGAUGAAAAAAAUCAAGACGUUAAAGAGGAUAGUAAAAAAAGGCCGAGUUUUCUGCAACAGUGGGCUCUAAAGACCCCCAAGAAGAGGAAAAAUGAUGAAUCAGUGAAAAGAGAAGCUACAGAGUCGGACAAGAAUGAAGUUAUAGUUUUAGAUUCUCCAGAAACUAAGGGUGAUAACAGAGAAAAUGAAACACAGAGUGAUAAAAAAACAGUGAAAAGGAUAGCGCCACUUAAAAUUGGAGAAGUUACGAGUACAGUAAAGAGAAUAGGACCAAUUAAAGUUGGUGAAGUUACAAAUACAGAAACUAAACAUAUAAAUACCGAAAAUAAUCCGUUUACAGUAACAUCUACUAAACUAAAUAUCGAAGAAAAGAAAGAAACUACGAAAAUUAGAAGAAUACUACCUGUGAAAGUGGAAGAAAAAGUGGCAACAUCUAAACAGACAUCUGAAAAGAAUGCAGCCAAAUUGGACGGACUAAUACCAAGUGAAAAAGGUUCCACUGCCACUAAAGUAAAUACUGUCGCGUCAGUGACAGAUGUGGCAACAUCUAAACAAACACUGGAAAAGAAAGCAGACAAAUUAGAUGGUAUAAAACAAAAUGAAAAAGGUUCCCCUGAUAUCAGAGCAUUUUUUUCAAAGAAACCUAAGAAAAAAGAGGAGGUUAUUGAUAAACCUUGCGACACUCAAGAAAAAAAUAUUGAAAGUUCAACUCCAAAAAAGACUACUCGAAGGAUAGUUCCUCAAAGAGUCGGAGAUGUUUCUAAACACAAUGAAAAACAACAAAACAGUAAACCUUUAUCGAACAAAGAGGACGCGCUUCAGUAUUUUGACGACGUGGCAGUAUUGGAUAAAGAAGAACUAGAAACUUAUCAAACCGCUUCGGAAGAGAUUAAAGAUUUUUACUGUAGGAAACCAGAAACGCAAGCUACGAAGUGUGACAAAACAUCUCACAAUGAAAUUGUAACGAUAGACGACGAGACUGAAGAUUUUACAUUACAACUUGAAGAUUCUCAAAAUUCCAGUGAUCUGACAAAAAUAACCGAGCCCAAUACUAAGAUUGUUGGCUCUGAUAAUAAAAAUGAAGAAUUAAAAGAAGUUGAGGAAUCGAAGAAAUCGGAUAAAGAAAAAUCAGGUGCUGUUGUUUUGCAAAAAACUCCGAAAAGGUUGCCUUUAAAAACUUUGGCUAGUCCCAGAAGUAAAAUUAAAAGGAAAGAAUAAAGAAUAGGCGUAUAGAGACUUAUAACACUGUUGAUAUAUGAAAAACGUUCUAUGUAAAUAUUUUAUAUUUUUAGAAGUUAAUGUUAUAUUAGAACUAUGUAUUCCCGUCGCUCUUUAUUUAUUAAAUUUUUACAUAGCUUU